GUGUGUGUUGAUUGGUGAGGCUGCUGUCAAUCCAGGAGCAUAGCCUCUGAUUGGCCAAUUAGCUGAGGAGGGCGGUGGCUGUGGCUGGGUUAAUAUGAGCUGAGCUGGCUCACGGACCGUCUCCAUCUUCAUCAUCAGCCGUAGAGGCAGGUGGGGUCGGUCCGGGGCCCAGGGUGAGCCAGAGGCAGGAGCCCCAGUGGGGGGAGGAAGUAGAGGGGCCAAUCUGCCUUUCUCGCCCUGGGCUGGUUCCAGGCAGGGGGAAGCAGGGCUGCUUGAACUGCAGUUGGCCUGGGGGCCUGCCCUGCCCUGCCCUGGGAGCGGGUCUCCGAGGAGGAGCCCACUGAAGGUGCUGCCGGGGUGGCAGGGGGAGCAGAAAGGGUUAAGUUCUGUUACAACUUGGGAUGCCCUGUAAAUCUGGGGAAAAGAAGGGGGAGGCUACUGGGGCUAAGUAGAAACCCAGGAAUCUGAGAUGGGGUUACAAAGGGCCUGGUCCUGAGACAUGCAGGACGUUGCCUAUAGAAGUUGAGGUGUGUGGAAUGCUGUGCCACGAAGCUGGAGUUCUCCUAUCCAAGUCGUAUUCCAGCUCUGAACUCAGGGUGAGGCUCCAGAGAGCCUAGAAGUGGCAGUAGAGCACAUGCAGGGGACUGAGUAGCCAUGGAAGUUGGCUCAUGCUUUAGAAACUAUGAUGACUUCAAGGAGUGUUUCAACACUUAUAAGAAAGAGAACAAGUGCCACUAUGGCUUAAAGAACUGCGUCUCUGUCCGCUUUUACAACCGGAAACAUGGGACCAGCAUCCGCGAGGACAUCACGUUCAUCCAGGUGAAGUUUGGCUGUGUGCGGACACGGGAAUACAGUAAGAAGAGGAAACCACAGCCCAGCUUGUGCCCAGCUUUUUUUGUCCUGCAGUAUAACGAGGAAAUAGACCGGCUGGUGAUUACUGAACUGAACAGUAAUCACAUCCAUGUAGACCCGGGGGGAACUUCCUUGGCCCGUACUAGCUCUUCUCUAGUGACGAGAACCACACCCAAAACUGCAAGUUGCAUGGCAGAUGGCAGCAGCCCUGCAACAAAACUGCGUAGACAACAAUCAAGAGAGGCAGAAGCCACUGUACCAGUCAGUGAGGAGUGUGUGAUGGCUGACAUGACUUUGAAUGGAUCACCUGCUCCACUCAACAAGGUUGCUGUGCAACCUGAGGCAGUGAAGGAAAGUGUCUCAACUUCAGCUUUAGUCAGAAUUGCAGAGGUCAUGAAAAACUUCCUGAGGGUGGACAUGGGCUCAUUGGCCUCUAUUAGUGUGGGCAGCAACCAGGACCUAGACAGACUGAACUUCCAGACCAGCAAGAUGAGGAGCCUGUUUGUCAAGUUCCCUGAGAGCCUGUUGCUGCACAGGGUGCAGAGUGAGAGAGGGCAUGUACUUUAUGCCUUCCUCGUGGAGAGUAAGGACCGAGUAGGGAAGAUGGUGCACUUUGCUGUCCUGAAGGAGGACACUGGUGAGAAUGUAAGCAAAAUGCUGACUGUCUUCAAAGAGUUCAAUCCUGAGUGGCAGAAGGUCAAGGUGGUCUUUGUGGACAUGUCUUUCCUUCACAAAGCCACCAUGCAGGAGCUCUUCCCCUCAACCCAGGUGCUUCUCUCUGUCUACCACACUGUCCGAUUUCUUGAGAAGACAGUAAAGGAAACGGUGGCCACUGUUUCCUUCAAGCAUAAACUGAAGUUGGCUUUGAGGGAGGUGGUUUUUUCCACCUCCAAUGCAAAUCUAGACAUCUUGGCUCAGCUGGUAAAGCGCUUGGUGGACAAAGAGUUGUACGACUAUCUUCAGGCCAACUGGUUCUCCUGUGAGAUGCUGUGGUACAUGCAUGCAAAGAAGGGUCUCCAUUCCUGCAGCACCUAUGUAGACAGUCUGGAUCUCAUCACUCAUAAAAUAUCCAGUCUCUUCAACAAGCAGUUGUCUCUGGAGACCAGCAUCCUUCACUUUGUUGAAUAUGCCGAUUGCUUCAAUACCAAAGGUCUGGAAAACCUGAAUCAGGGUUUCUCAAGUGUUGAAGAGGAGAAUCAGAGCAAACAUGUGGAAAAGCCUAAGGUGCGUACCCGUGCCUCCAUGAAGCGUACCACUGUUGCUGCCUCACAGCCCCAAAACAAAUGUCCUGAACCGCCCAACCAACUUGCCAAACAGAAACCUGCAAAUCCCCCAGGCACCAUGUUGGCAGCCAUCAGAGAGAGUUGCACAGACUUAGGCUACCAGCUGUGUCUGAAUGAGUGGGAGGUGGUGCAGAAGUCAACUCAGCUCAUUAAUGUCAUGAAAGACAAUAUUGUGGUUCAGCUGCUAGAAGACACACACCAGGUCAGCAAAGACUGCAAGAGCUGCAGCUGUUACUUCCACUGCCGGUACCAGCUCCCCUGCAGGCACAUCCUGUCUGUGCUGCAUGCCAACAAGAAGGCUGUGGAGGAAGCUAUGGUUUGCAAGCGUUGGCAGAAGAAGUACCAGCACCUUUCAGUUUUAGGAGAUAACCUCCUAGAUGAUAUUGGGCCCUCAAUGGGUAACCAACCAGCAGCAGAAGAAGAAAGAUAUGACAAAAUCCAGUCCCUCAGCAAGGAACUUGCUAAUCUCCUGAUGCAGUGUGAUGGGGAGGAGCUAGAGGAGCGCAGCUCCACACUCAAAAUGAUUGUGGACAUCUGGGCUAAAUCCUCAGAGCCAGUGGAGGAGGCUGGGAAAUGCUCUACCUUCAGAAAUGUGGGGGACUUGCCAUUUCUUUGGGUAAAGCAGGAGGAAAUAGAAACGGAGGAUGCAGGUGCAACCUCUGAGAGAUCACUGACCGGUACCAACAUGUUCCUGAUUUGAAAUGCCAGAGGUUCUGUAGUCAAACUCGGAGAUUCGACAAGCUAUUAAUGGGAGCUGAUGGUUUAAUCCUCUCCCAGCCUUUUAUGGUUCUCUCCCCAUUCCCAGUCCCAGGAGACUCAGGGUUAACUGUUAACUUCCAAGACUGUUGAUGAUCUCAGUAAUAAACUUGAGACUUUCCUGUGUCUUCUCAGACUAGCCAUGUUGUGGGGUGGUUUGUUUUCUUUGUUUGGGUAAGAGAUUAUAGGUGGUUAGAAUAUGGCAAGUGGGAAUUGCCAUAUUCUAACCAAGUCCAUGCUAGGUGCCUGUGUAAGAACCUCAGGGCUGCUGCUAUCAGGCCAGUAAUGCUCCCUGUGGGAUGGUCUCCUUAGCCCAGUCAUCUGCCACAGAGGCCUGAAAACUCAGCUGAACCUGGUAUAGAGGCUUACACUCAAAACCUGGUUAUAGCGAUGAAGUUUCCUAACUCACUACUUUGGUUUCUGAAAACUAAUUCUUGGUUUUUAAAUUUGGAGUGAACUUGUUCUCAUUGCUUGCUGUGGUAAGACUUUUUUAAAAAAAAAAAGAGAGAAAAGUAUUUGGCUUUGACCAGGCAGAGAGAUGCAAGUCCAGCUGCCUUCCUCCCUACGUUCUCUGUUGUGCACUAUUUAAGGGCUGUGCCCUGCUCUUCUCUAAGUAGCAGCUGGAAGAAAGUGCAAUAAUGCGUUUAUGGUUUGUACGUUGCUGUUUGUGCUGAGACCACUGCUAGCAGUGGUCAGUUUGCUGCUUUGUAUUUAGACCAAAUUAAUUGUUAAAAUAUGGUUCUGACUUUGUUUUGUCAUUAAAUUUGUUUUUCAUUUUG